AUGACUGAGAUCGAGGACUUUGAUUCCAAGCCGAAGAGAGCUAGAGUAGAGAUCCGAUCUGCGCUAAAUUUCUCGGAUGAGGACAAGAUAGGAACCAUCCAACCAUACGAUGAUGCUUUGGUGGUCAUCCUCAGGAUAGGGGGAUACGAUGUGAAGAGGGUAAUCGUUGACCAGGGCAGUGGUGCGGAGAUUAUGUAUCCUGAUCUGUACAGGGGGUUGAACUUAAAGCUCAAAGACCUAACAGCCUAUGAUUCACCUUUAGUGAGUUUUGAUGAAAAGGUUGUCAUUCCAAAAGGUCAGAUUAGACUGCCCGUGCAGGUGGGUUCAGAAGUGGUUGAAGUAGGCUUUAUUGUGGUGGAGGCGUACUCUCCCUACACGGCCAUUGUGGCAAGACCCUGA